AUGCUCAUGGACGAAGACGACGACGACGACGUCCAGGACCUCCACGUUCUGGACCCCAACGGCGACCUCGUUCUCCGCGUCGGCGACGAGGUCGAGGAGAAGCCCAGGGCCUACCUCGUCUGCUCAAAGGCCCUCGCGAGGGCCUCGCCCGUAUUCGCCAAGAUGCUCUACGGCAGCUUCGCCGAGCGGCGGCCCUCGCCCGUCGGCGCGCACGCCGACCCCGACUGGACCGUCUACCUGCCCGAGGACCGCCAGCAGCCGCUCGAGCUGCUGCUCGACGUCGCCCACGGCCGCUUCGACAGGGUCCCCGACCGGCUCGACGUCGCGCGCCUGUACCAGCUGCUCGUCGUCGCCGAGAAGUACGACGCCACCGGCAUGACGCGGCCCUGGGCGCGCGGGUGGAUGGAGGCCGUGAAGCAGCCCGGCAUGCAGGACCCGCUGCUGCUGGGCGUCGCCUACGAGCUGGGCGACUCGCAGACGUUCAACAACAUGGCCAUGAAGAUCGCCACCGAGUGCCUCGUCGACGACGACGGCGACCUCGUCUUCGGGUACGCCGGCGACGACAGGGAGACGUACUCGUUCAAGCUCUGCAACAUGGAAUACCUCGUCCCGCCGGGCUUCAUAGAGGACGCCGCCUCGAUACGCAGAACCCUCCUCGCGACGAUGCUCGAGCCCUACGCCAGCCUCUACACGGCCCUCAAGGACGGCGACCGCUGCACCGCCUCGCCGCAGGACCCCAACAGCGGCAAGCGGUGCGACAGCAUCCUCCUCGGCUCCCUCAUCCGCUCCUUCGCCGCCCGCCGCAUCGACCUGACGGCCCCGAACCCGGCGACGGCCUACCGCGGCAGCGCGUCCGCCCUGCAGGCCGUACUGCUCCGCCUCGAGCUGUACACGGCGCACUCGGGCUUCUCGCACCCGCCGACGACGAGCUUCGCCUUCGGCCAGGCCGCCCACCCGCGCUUCGGCUUCAGCCUGAGCGCCUGCGAGCACGUCCUGCAGUCCAGCCUGCGCGAGGGCGUCGAGCGGUCGCUGCUCGUGAGGGGCGGGAUGAAGUUCGUGCAGCCCAAGCACCAGGCCUAUCUGCAGAGGCAGGCCGCCAAGACGGGGCUGCCGUACAAGUAA